UUGGUCUCUAUUUUACCUGUUACUCUAAUGCUUCGCUUCAAAUAAAUAAAUAAAUAAUUAGGAGAAUCUAAUUUUUUAAAAUUAUUAUUAUUAUUAUUUUCCUUUUUCUCAUGUAUAAAUUAGCAGCCUUUUUACACCUCUUAUAGUCACAAAAAAAUCUAAAGGUCCAAUUUUUUCUCUCAACUUUGCAUCACCAAUCCUUGAAAAACCUCACAACUUUCUUAUCAAUUCACCCUUCAUCAUCAUGUCUCAGACUGUUGUUCUCAAGGUUGGCAUGUCAUGCGAAGGCUGUGUCGGGGCUGUGAAAAGGGUCUUGGGGAAAAUGGAAGGUGUAGAAACUUUCGACAUUGAUCUGAAGGAGCAAAAAGUGACGGUGAAGGGCAAUGUUCAACCAGACGCUGUUCUCAAGACCGUUUCAAAGACCGGAAAGCCAUCUUCGUUCUGGGAAGCAGGAGAAACGGCUAAAACAGAAGCUGUUAGUACAGCUUGACGGUGUCUAAUGGCCUCGAAUUGUAUGUUACGGCUAGAGCUUUAUGCGACAUCGUCAAGGAUUCCUGUAAUAGUUAAUAUCUAAAUCGCAAUAAUUGUCAAGGAUUUCGAUGUUGUUUUCUUCGAUGUAGAUGGAGUGUCGUUAAUGCAUUAGUUAUACUAGAAUUGCCUCUGCA